AUGAGCAAGGAGCUAGCAGCAAUGGAGCCUGGAGAUUCAAGGGAUGGAGUCAGCACUGAGACAGCACCAUACCCAGCACUGGGCUCUGGGGUCAGCCUGCAUGCCUAUGACAUCGUGGUGGUGGUCAUCUACUUUGUCUUCGUCCUUGCUGUGGGAAUCUGGUCAUCUAUUCGUGCAAGCCGAGGGACCGUUGGUGGUUAUUUCCUGGCUGGGAGAUCCAUGACCUGGUGGCCAAUCGGAGCAUCUCUGAUGUCCAGCAAUGUGGGCAGUGGCUUGUUCAUUGGCCUGGCUGGGACAGGGGCUGCUGGAGGCCUUGCUGUCGGUGGCUUUGAGUGGAAUGCAACCUGGCUGCUUGUGGCCCUGGGCUGGAUCUUCGUCCCUGUGUACAUCGCAGCUGGUGUGGUCACCAUGCCAGAGUACUUGAAGAAACGAUUCGGAGGACAGAGGAUCCAGGUGUACAUGUCAGUCCUGUCUCUCAUCCUCUACAUCUUCACCAAGAUAUCAACAGAUAUCUUCUCUGGAGCCAUCUUUAUUCAGAUGGCCUUAGGCUGGAACCUCUAUCUCUCCACGGUGAUCUUGCUGGUGGUGACAGCUGUCUACACUAUUGCAGGAGGGCUCACCGCUGUGAUCUACACAGAUGCUCUACAGACUGUGAUCAUGGUAGGGGGAGCGCUGGUCCUCAUGUUUCUGGGCUUUCAGGAGGUGGGCUGGUACCCAGGCCUGCAGAAGUUAUAUAUGCAGGCCAUCCCCAAUGCCACAGUUCCCAACACCACCUGUCACCUCCCACGGCCAGAUGCCUUCCACGUGCUUCGAGACCCUGUGAAUGGGGACAUUCCCUGGCCAGGUCUCAUUUUUGGGCUCACAGUCCUGGCCACCUGGUGUUGGUGCACAGACCAGGUGAUUGUGCAGAGGUCUCUCUCUGCCAAGAGUCUUUCCCAUGCCAAGGGGGGCUCAGUGCUGGGGGGCUACCUAAAGAUCCUCCCAAUGUUCUUCAUUGUCAUGCCUGGCAUGAUCAGCCGGGCCCUGUACCCAGAUGAAGUUGCCUGCGUAGACCCUGACAUCUGUCAAAGAGUGUGUGGGGCCAGAGUGGGAUGUUCCAACAUCGCCUACCCAAAGCUGGUCAUGGCUCUCAUGCCCGUGGGUCUGCGAGGCCUGAUGAUUGCCGUGAUCAUGGCCGCCCUGAUGAGCUCACUCACCUCCAUCUUCAACAGCAGCAGCACGCUGUUUGCCAUAGAUGUGUGGCAGCGCUUCCGCAGGCAGGCAACGGAGCAAGAGCUGAUGGUGGUAGGCAGGUUGUUCAUAGUCUUACUGGUAGUCAUCAGCAUCCUCUGGAUCCCCAUCAUCCAAAGCUCCAAUAGUGGGCAGCUCUUUGACUACAUCCAAUCUAUCACCAGCUACCUAGCCCCACCCAUCACGGCCCUCUUCCUGCUGGCCAUCUUCAGCAAGAGGGUCACUGAACCUGGUGCCUUCUGGGGCCUCAUGUUUGGCCUAGCAGUGGGAAUAGUGCGCAUGAUUCUGGAGUUCUCAUACCCUGCUCCAGCCUGUGGGGAGGUGGACAGGAGGCCGGAUGUUCUGAAGGACUUCCACUACCUGUACUUUGCCCUUCUCCUCUGUGGACUUACGGCCAUCAUCACCAUCAUAAUCAGUUUCUGCACAGGGCCCAUCCCUGAUGAAAAGCUUGCUCGCCUGACCUGGUGGACUAGGAAUUGUCCCUUAUCUGAGCUGGAGAAUGAGGCCUCUGAGAGUGUGAAUGAGACUGAGGCGGGAAACACUCCAGGGCUGGCAGAGAGGCCGGCUGUGGAGGGCCUUGCAAAAGAUGGGGAAGGAACAAACACCACCCAGGGGCCUGAGCAACCAGGAGCCCUACAUAGGUCCUGGGGAAAAUGGCUGUGGAGCUGGUUCUGUGGACUCUCAGGGGCCCCACAGCAAGUCCUGAGCUCGGCUGAGAAAGCUGCACUGGAAAAGAAGCUGACCAACAUCGAGGAGGAGCCACUCUGGAGACAUGUCUGCAACAUCAAUGCCAUCAUCCUGCUAGCCAUCAACAUCUUUCUCUGGGGGUAUUUUUCGUAA